AAUGGCAGAGUAUAAUCAAGUAAAGGCCGCUGAAGGGAAAGGAACUAUUCUGGUUUAUCUCCAAUGCUAUUUUGUGACCAUAGCAACUAUUUUAGGAACAGGUAUUCUGGGACUUCCAGUGACACUAAAUGAGGCUGGACUGUAUCCAUUCCUUGUCUCCUUCCUCAUUGGGGCAGGCAUGCAGAUGUUGUUGAUUUACUUCUUCACGGAAUUAUUACAGUUGGCACAUGCCACGCAACAGCAAAUCGGAAAGGUAUUGUUUGAAGAAUUAGUUCCCUUGAAUGAAUUAACAGAUGAUGCUGGUUACCUUGCCUCUGAUGAGGACCAGGAAAAUGACAAUGAAAAUGAUAAAGUUAUUGAGAGGAAGUCCACAAGAAAAAAGCAAGGAGUCAUGUCAUGUAAUGAUGGAGUAAAGCCACCAAAUCUCCAUCUCCUUGGUGAAUUGUUUCUGGGCUGUGGAUGGAGACAGAUGUUUGACAUCCUCCUGGUGCUACAGUUUAUUGCUCUCCAGAUCAGCUAUGCCUUGGCAGGAAGUGAGGCGUAUGCAGAACUGAUAGGUGUAGAGCCUAUUUAUGUGAUCCCAGUAUUUGUUUGGGUUCUCACACUGGCGAUCGUUUUUGCCUUGAGAUUUGUUCAGCCAGUUGUCUCGGUGUUCACUUUUUUCAAAGGAUCUUUGCUCUUGGGAACUGUGAUAGCGACAUUCUAUGUGGGGGCAGAGGUCAACAGAGACAUACAUAAUGACUUCACAGCCAUCGGAGCUCCCUUCCUAAUGGGAACUGUUGCCUUGGGGGGAGUGAUAAACACCAUGCCGUUGAUGUAUAGUAAGAUCAGUCCUGUUGCUAAUCAGGUUAAGUAUUUCCGCUUAGCUGUGAUUCUAGGCUUGACAACUUGUACUGUUUUAAAUGUAUUAUGGUGCUGGGCAGUGCUGGACAUUGUCCCACAAUUAGCUGUUUCACCUUGUAUCUCUACAUCCUUGUCUACUGAUAGUGGUCUGUACUGUCAUAAUCCUAUAUCACUGGAGGGGUCUGCAGCAGUUGGAGAAAUUUCAACAAUACCUCUUACAAAAAUAAUAGAGGAGAACUACCCCUCCUUUUACUACGUGGCCUUAUUGGUAGAGAUAUUUAUCAUGGUCAGCAUCACUGUGUCCUUCCUCACCAUUGGAGCAGUACUACAUCAUACCUUACAGGGUUGGGUUGACUCAGUCUCGGCGAGGAAGCGAUCACACUUUAGCGGUAAUACCAAGGAAGUCACGGGAUGUUGUACUCAACAUUUUUGGUGUCAUUCUGCCCUUUCCCUAGCUGUGUUUGGGAUAGUUUUUGCAGUCGCCAUGUUGGAUCCUCAGGGAUUUGUUGACAUGUUGGAGAAAUUUUCAUCCUUUACUCUUAAUUUGGAAGCUGGUGUGUUUGUAUUUUUAAUGUUAUUACGAGCACGAAGGAAGGACAAUAAAAGAUUUCUAAAGAUUCCUUUGCCAAUCCCUAGCUCAUUACGGUGGCUACAGUUUUUAAUUCCGCUGUAUUUCGGUUUUGCUGUGAUAUAUGACUUGUACAACACUGUGCGGGACUUUAUAUCGAACGGAUCUGGAGAUUCUUAUAUAUCACAGACUAUACUUUAUAAUAAAUCUCUGCCAACCGCAUCUCCUUACAUAAAUACAUCUUCUUCAUUAUUAUAAUCUUAAAGAUUAUAAUUUACA